CAUUUCCCCUGCCUACCUCUAAAAUCUAAAUCCCAAAUUCCUCCUUUCGCCAAAAAGAAGAAAAGGGAAUGAAGCUUCAUUUCCUGUUUUUAGUUCCCUUUCUCUCACUCCUCUCCUCCGCCGCCGCCUGGAUUAACGCUCACGCCACCUUCUACGGCGGCAGCGAUGCUUCCGGCACAAUGGGUGGAGCUUGUGGGUAUGGGAAUCUUUACGGUGAAGGAUACGGGAGCAACACUGCGGCAAUUAGCACUGCACUUUUCAACAAUGGGUUGAGUUGUGGGAGUUGUUAUGAGAUUAAGUGCGUUAACGAUCCUAAAUGGUGCCUACCUGGCUCUGUUUUGGUCACUGCCACUAACUUCUGUCCCCCUAAUAAUGCUCUUCCUAAUAACGCCGGUGGUUGGUGUAACCCUCCUCUCCACCACUUUGAUCUUUCCCAGUCUGUUUUUCUCCGUAUUGCCCAAUACCACGCCGGUAUCGUCCCCGUCCUCUAUCGCAGGGCUCCAUGUAAGAGGAAGGGAGGAGUACGGUUCACAAUAAACGGCCAUUCAUACUUCAACUUAGUGUUAAUAACCAACGUGGGAGGCGUAGGGGAUGUUCAUGCUGUGUCCGUAAGAGGCUCUAGCAGUGGGUGGCAACCAAUGUCCAGAAAUUGGGGUCAGAACUGGCAAAGCCAUACCUAUUUAGAUGCCCAGCCCCUCUCUUUCAAGCUCACUACUAGCGACGGCCGUACUCUUGUUUCCAAGAAUGUGGUUCCUGCUGGUUGGUCCUUUGGCCAGACCUUCAUCGGUUCCCAAUUUCGGUGAACAACCACCAAUGCCCAUGUUUUAAUUUCAAAGGCCUUUUUUGUCUGUUUGUCCGCCUUGGAAAUGAGACAAGUGGGCUGAGGUGGACUCCUUACCACCCGCCUCUCAAAUGUGUGAAUGUGUUUCUUAUGUUGGAUCUUGGAGGCAAAACUCCCGCCUUCUCCUCUUUCGACAAUUAUUUACGGUGUCAUUCAUUCCAUAAACAAUUGGUUAAAAAUUUUUAUAAAUAUCGAAAUUUAACUUUAA